CAUUCCCUGAAAUAAUAUCGUGGACACACCUAUACUCCUGUGUGUAAGCAGAAUUUCUGGUUGCUGGUCAGCAGAAGAUCAUUUUGCUGGGGACCUUAAAAAAGAGGGUGGAGAUCUAUUGCACUGCUGUCUAGGUCCACCGCGGUAUUCUGAAUACAGAAUGGUGAAAAGACGUAAAAACAAGGGCGCGUUCGGCAUGGAUGUUGAUAGUGACGUUGGUGCAGGCGACAAAGUUGCACAAGAAAUGGACACAAGCGAUUUUGUGUCCCUAGAGCAGCCAGAUGGGGAGCUCAAGCAGAAGGGUCCCAAGCUGAAGCCCAAGCGAGGAAAGGCUACACAAAAACAGAAGCGGCGCCUUGCCCUGAAGCUAGACAAGGCUUUGUCAGUGGCAGACAGGAGGGCCACAAAGAACAGCAAGGGAUCUUUUAGAAAGGAGCAGAAGAAUUCAAUGAAACAGCUUUGGGUUGGCAAGGAAAAGAGCGGCGGCUUGUAGCAAGUAGACUAGAGCCUUAAUCAGCAGAAGUGUGGGCAUGCGUGCAGACUUGCAGUUGCAGAGUUUAUCGUGAUUAGUACAUCAUGUAGAGUGAGGCACUUACCUGUUAGGCUUCCUGACGCUAGCAGUCUCUAGUAGAUCUGCCUAUUUUCAUGAUCUGUGACAUCGAGGCCCAGCCGCCGCCGCGGCGCCGGCCGGGCCGUUUUUAAGAACAUACACCGUAGUACAUGGCAGCCGUCAUUGCUGAGAUUUCUGAAAUUAAAUAUCCUGCAU